AGCGAUUCCGAUUAAUUAUUUUUUUCCUCAAAUAAUUGAUUGUGGUUCACCAAUCGGUUUCGCUUAUGGGAUCUUAAAUUUGCAAUCAUGUUGUAUUGCUAGUUCUUCAUGUAGUUUUGCUAGAAGUUGAUGCUUCUUCUUUGCUAGACUACGCAAUAAAAGCGCCACAUCGAUCAGGAACAAGAUGCCUUCCGCCAGACAAGGUGCUGCACCCUCAAGAACCUCCUCUCCCUGUAACUCACUGGUUCCACCUGUGGUUGCGAAGCCGCACACGGACUUGACCGCGAAUAGCCGUGCUUUUGUCCGCGACGUCAUCGAAAUUCUCUAUGAAAAGGUAUUUAUCAACGGCGAAGACGCACUGAAGCUAAAGCGUGAGGAACUGGACCAGCAACAAGCGCUGGAGAAGAAGGAGUCUGGGGAACUAGACGAAAGUACUGGACCGACAGGCGCACAUGGAGAAUUACGGCUGUACCUAAUACAUCUUUGGGCGCACGAUCCUUGAAACAGUUUGUUAUGGAGGAGUUUCGAUCCUAAGGGAGUACUCCCCCAGACUUUUCACGGAUCAUGCACUUGAAAGAUGAAUUACGGACAGCUCUAAGAGAAGACAAGAACGAUCUUGUCGCGUCACUCUUGGGCACCACGACGACGACCAGCUGUUCUAGUACAGACUCCAUCUUUAAUACAACGUCCUCUACCACUUCCAAAGACCACACCAAAAACAAGAACUUCGAUCGCACAAGUUACAUCAAGCGUCUAAGAUCAAGGGCAACGCAACAGCUGUACGUCGACUGGAUACGGCAUGUUCUGGAUAGUCGCUAUGGAGGCGGCUGGCACGUCUUGUUUGGGCGUGAUAUGGGUUUUGCGAUCCGGUACCGAAAAGGUUCUGCAGGAUUCUUCGGAAUAGGGAAAGAAGUGCGAGUGCUAGUGUACAAAUCCAGCCCGAAAAGCAUGGCUUUGCAUAAUAAUCGACUCUUAAUCAUGAAGCCUCCAGAAGUGAAAGAGAAGCAGCAGCCACUAGAUGACAGCAAGAUCAUGUUGAAAGAGAACAAUAACAAUAAAGACAAUAUUAAAUCUAGCACAACAAAAAUAAAUCAUGUUGGACAAGCAUCUUCAAGAACUACAACUUCAUCUUCGAGUACUAGUAAUAAGCUUCGCGUAGUCGAUUGGUACGGCUACUGUGCUGAGGAAUGGAAGCAACAGAGUACUAAAACAUCAACAGGAGCUCGUAGUGCCGAUAACUAGGGGUUUCCGAAUUACAUCCUGCACCUUCAUCCUUGACUCUUUUCCUAGAAGAAAAGAGACAUGGGAUGUAGUUCGGACGAAUGUAAUUCCGUAACCUCUAGGAUAACGGUAAAAAAAGCAACAGCAAGACUGCUUCCACGACAUCCGAGAAGGAAGAGGCGGAAGAGAACGACAGCGUAGACGUAGAUCAAAUGAAGAAGAAAAAGUCCUCGAAACAAAUUAUCGAUUAUGCACGCAGUCGGGACCGAUUUGAGCCGGCAAUUAGAGCCCUGACAGAAGCAGUCGCUUUUCACAAUGACGAUCCGGCUGUUUACGCGCGCUCUCUACGUUACCACCUCAGCAAGGAACUUGUUAUUGACCAACUAGAUGAAGAAAAACAAGACGGAGCAGCAGGUGGAAAAGAAAAGGCCACACCAGUAGAAGCAGCCCACAUCAAGGAGAACGAAGACCACGAGCUGAAGCCCUCGCUCCCAUCGGCUUCUCUUAGCUGGCAUGUUUUCUGUGGUACCGAUUUCGUUUCAAGCACUGCGAUUAUUAAGGCACAACUGUCAUACAUCCGAUCUUCUAGAGACAGUUUUUAUUGUUAUCUCUUUUUGUGAGUCUCUGUCUGAUAACAGUAGGUACUACUUUUUUCCUCCACGUCCUCUUCUAAUGCUCCAGUCGACAACCAGAUUACAGCUUUGUACCGCAAACGUCGUAUCCAGAUUUUUCAGCAUAAUUCACCUGACGAUCCGACAAGGUUUACGCCUAUGUGGAUCGCUCGCCAAGUUUUCUCAGACAGACAGUUGCUCUUGAAGUUAUGGAGGUGACUUGUGGAUCUAGAUAGGAGUUUUUAGUACGUCGAAUUUACAAACAGUCACGUUUACAAACAAACUUUCAAUUAGCAAGUCCUGUGCUGAUGAGUAUGGUUGCUGCUAUCUUGGGUCCAUCACUAGGGUCAAAGUUGACCACUGUGAGAGAGUCAUGGAGAUGAAGAACGGUUAUCUAUCUUCUUGUUCCUCUAAGGCGUCAGAACAUCCUCAACGUGAUCCACGUAGGAGCGCUACUUGUCUAAAAGGAAAAAUUGAAAAUUGACCUAGCAUCUAGUCGAGUUUCUCGACAACUCGACUUUCCGAAAGUUUCGAGUAAUGCUAAGUACUUAAAGAUGAUCUUUAUAUAAAAUUUUUUAAAAAACCUUCCUUCUUGUUCUUCUAAGGCAUCAGAAUCUAUCUUCUUGUUCUUCUAAGGCGUCAGAUCUACUUAAAUUUGUUAAAAAAGCGUACUGGCCUUAGCACCCUUGCGUGCAUCCUCUAAUUUCCGUGAUCCCUUACCUUGUCCUGUUCCUUCUCGGUGCGUGGUAUUUCGGUCGCCGACUCUUGUGCCGGCCAAUAGAUACUACAUCGGGAGGUCAUGCUGUAUUCGAAGUCGGAGCUUCUCAGACUCAGGCUCAGCUUUCCACCGGAGCUACGCGCACCGGAGACGCGACUUUUGAAACUUCAGAUUCUUCCUUUAUGGCUGCACUGAAUGAUGUUUCGACGAUGGACGAGUUCUUCAGUCUAUUUAUUUUUUUCAAGUUCGUAUGAAAAUCGAUUCAUGGCCAUCCUCCAGCAAGUCCAUUGGAGAUAGUGUUGAUCAUGAAGGUAGAGCUCUAAUUCUUCCAGUUCUUCUGAUCCUUCUUCCAGUUCUUCUGAUCCUCCAGCAAGUUUAUUGCAGAUCCAUCCUGAUGUCAAUGCGUGGGUGGGAGACGACGGAGCUGCUUUCCUUGCUUCCGCUUAAGGCUACUCCUACUGAAUCUGAUAAUUAUUUAUCUCAUAAGUAGAAGUAGGUACGUAUAAUAGAAAUAGCUGCGAUCAUUUUGCCAUCUCUGAAAAAUAUUCAUGAUAAUUCUAGGCAUGUACAUCAUUAGACUCGGCGCGUGUCUCAUCGGUAAUCAUGACAGCACUUCUAGAUCAUCUUCAAUAUCUGAUUAUGGUACUACUUCUUCUAAUUUGAUUUUUGUUCGGUCGACACUGCGUCUUCGAGCUUCCUCAAUUACGCUGCUGGAGCGUUCAUCGCUGUAAUGACAAUUCGAACCAUCAAUAGUAAAAUGGGAAACAGCAAGCGAUGAAGUAUAACCGCAGACAUGGGAAACUACAUCUGCAAGCGAAAUGGGAAACAGCAAACGAUUUCAUUGAAGGUGAUCUUGCUAGGAUGUAUCAUGCAGAAACGCAACGAGUGAAAUUGUUGAAGCUCAAAAACUACUUUAUUAGAGUUAUCAUUCAACAAUGUAAAUGUAUGAAUCUUUUCAUACGCGAUCACAACACGUACUCUUGCAGCACUACAUGCAAGUUUUUUUUUUUGCCUGUUCCCGCAGACCUCCAUGUUAUUUUACCCCUCC